AUGUACCGCUGCCGUCUGGCAGCCGACCGGCAACCCGAGGAUGGUGACGACAAUGAGGACAUCUUCAUUUCGACGACGACGACGACGACGGGAUCAGGACUUGCGGUCUGCGAGACACAGCCUCCUACGGAUACAAGCAGCCUCCAUCGCAAGCAGCAGUGUCUUUGGAAUGGUAUGACAUUUUCCAACAGUUGUACCGACAAUUCACUUUCCGGUCUGGAUAGAUUCAUGGAGUUAGGUGUGAGUACCGUAAAGCAAACUUCCGGGAUUCAUCCCUAUCGCCAUUGCCACCGUCAGUGCGAAGGUGAAGCCGAUUUCGAUGCUCGCUACGAGGCAUACUUUAACCGUCCGGAUAUUGACCACUGGGAGGCACGAAAGGCGAUGAACGAUCUGUUCGGAAUGGAUCUGGUGCCGGAACCGAAGAUCAUCGUGGCAGCGCUAAAGGCAUGCCGACGGCUGAACGACUAUGCACUCGCGAUUCGGUUCCUCGAGGCGGUGAAGGAUCGUUGCGGCGACAAGGAGAAGGAAAUCUACCCCUACCUGCUGCAGGAGAUUGCACCGACACUGUGCGAUUUGGGUAUCGAAACACCGGAAGAAUUGGGCUACGAUACGCCGGAGUUGGCACUAAAAACUAUUUAUGAUUUGGAAAAAUAA